UUGUACAGUGCAUGCCACAUUAUAAUGAGAACGUUUGAGAUUUGUAUUUUUGUGUAUUCUUGGCGCUGGUCUUCCGUUCAAUCCCAUCUGAGGCAGAACAAUUCAAUGAAGACGAUGUUUUGAUGAAAAAUAUAUCAGAACUUCAUUUCCAACUGUUUUCUUCCGUUCAAAAGAAAACAAAGAUGAUAAAGACUGCUGUCUUUGAGACUCAGUGCAGUGGGACAGGCUGUACGUUCAAUGGUUGCGAGUCUAGUGGAUCCGAAACCUGUGAUGGACAGAUGUUCACAAAGUUGAACAAAAUUCAAUUAAGUAUCAACGAUAUUUGGAAAAGAAAACCAGAAGCGAUCGUUUGUAAAGAAGGAUGGAAACGUUACAACGGUCAUUGCUACCAUUUAUUCAGCAAAAAAAUGAACUGGUUUCAAGCGCAGGUUUUUUGCAGAAACCAAAAGACAACACUGCUUCAAAUCAAUGAUGCAAAUGAACAUAACUGGCUCACAAAGAAUUUUCCAAUUGUUGGAUACUGGAUUGAUUUUACUGACAUUGGUACGGAGGGGAAAUGGGUGACAUUAUCAACAGGGAAAAGUGAGUACACAAGAUGGCACAGUGGACAACCCGAUAAUUCCGGUGGGAAACAACACUGUGCCUAUAAUAACUAUGUAAAAGGAUCCUGGGACGAUGUUAGCUGCAAGACUGCGAUUCAAGUCGUGUGUGAAGCAUCAGGUACGUUGUGAUGUGAUUGAUAUUUUUCAGUCGAGAGUUUUAAGAUUGGCGUCAAAGAGGUUCGUAAACAAGAGUAGCAUAACUUGUUAAAUCCAUAGUAUUCUUCGCUAUUGACCUCUUAGCAUAUCUGAUGCGACAACUCAUCUUUUGCCUUUAAUGAAUGGUAUUACAGGGAUUUGAAAUGAACUUAAACAAGCAUUGCGUAUGUCGUUUAUUUAAUAGCUCUCAUUUCCAUGAUGCACGCAAAUGAUUACUUAAUGCAUUGAAAUAAUAAUAUUUGUAAUGUCGACUGUUUUUUAUUAAUAAGACUGCAUGGUAUUUAGAAGUUUAAUUUCAACCUUAUUUUUCUUCUUAACGAUUAGGUGCUGAAUAUUAAUCACAAGAAAAGAAAUCAUCGACAACGGUUGAAUUACCUGAAUAAAGCGGUUAAAUUGGUAGUCCAUCGUUUUACCUUCAGACUCAAUGAUACAAUUUCUUAUAAAUAGUUCAAAUUAAAAAAAAUGAUUAUAAAUAAUACAAUAUAAAAGAGACCAAUAAAACAAAUUGGCGUUCCAAAUUGAUCCUUCAUCAUAUUAAUCUCAACGUAUUAAAAAAAAAUUAAACAAAAGAAUACUAGAAUAACAACCACGCCUAAGACACUCCUUUGCACCUGUUUGUCAGUUGGUAUACCAAGUGUUGGGCAUUUUAGAUUCAUAUUUAGAGUAACUUGCGCCUUGCAGACAUGAAACCAAUUUCAUCAGUACUCAUGAAAAGUAAAUGAUCCCUAUUGGCUCUGAUGUCAUGAAGUCAAAAGUGUAGAUUAAAAAAACAACCUAAACCAAAUGUACAUAUAUUUGGUGUGAACAUGAUAUUUAGUACACAUAUAUAUCUCAUAAGUUUAUAUACUAUUAUUGGGAGAGAAAUUUAAUGAAAAAAACACACACACAUAAUUAUAUUCUAUGUUAUGGCAGAAAAUGAAAAACAACAUUACAUGUACAUCUUUGUUCAAAAACAGUUAAUACAGGUAUCAAAACCGUAAAAAAAAACCAUAAUAUACAAGACUAUAGAUGACUAUGUCUAUAACAUUAUCUAUCUACUCUGUCACCGAGAUGUAUUGCGUUUUCUCUGACAUUUUGUACGAAAUGCUGGUUCCACAAAAAACAACAGUCCUGCCAACAAAGCCACGCCCCCGGACACGCGGAACGAUACCGUCCAGUCUCCCGUCACGUCUCUGAUCCACCCUACAAU